CCUGCAAGUGCCGGAGCCAGGCGGGCAGCGCCGAGGCUGCGGUGGCCGUGGCCGCGGAGCUGGCCCCGCGGGGCCCCGGGGGGGAGGGGGAGCCGCGAAGCCCCCGCCGAGGCCGCCGCCGCCGGGCCUCCCCUCCCCCCCCCGGGCGGGCGCCAUGCGGGGGGGCCCGGGCGACGCGGAGCGGCGGCAGCGCUGGGGUCGCCUCUUCGAGGAGCUGGACAGUAACAAGGAUGGCCGCGUGGACGUGCGCGAGUUGCGCCAGGGACUGGCCCGGCUGGGCGGGGGCGACCCGGACCGCGACACCCAACAGGGCAUCUCCUCCGAGGGCGACGCUGACCCAGGUGGUGGGCUUGACCUGGAGGAGUUUAGCCGCUACCUGCAGGAGCGGGAACAGCGCCUGCUGCUUCUGUUCCACAGUCUGGACCGGAAUCAGGAUGGUCAUAUCGAUGUGUCUGAGAUCCAGCAGAGUUUCCGAGCUCUAGGCAUUUCCAUCUCACUGGAGCAAGCAGAGAAAAUUCUGCACAGCAUGGACCGUGACGGCACGAUGACCAUAGACUGGCAGGAAUGGCGUGACCACUUCCUGUUGCAUUCACUGGAGAAUGUGGAGGAUGUAGUCUAUUUCUGGAAGCAUUCUACGGUCUUGGACAUUGGUGAAUGCCUGACUGUCCCUGAUGAGUUUUCAGAGCAGGAGAAGCUAACUGGCAUGUGGUGGAAGCAGCUGGUGGCGGGCGCAGUGGCAGGUGCUGUGUCGCGGACGGGCACAGCCCCUCUGGACCGCCUCAAGGUGUUCAUGCAGGUCCAUGCAUCCAAGACCAACAAGCUAAACAUCCUGGGAGGCCUAAAGAGCAUGAUCCGAGAGGGGGGCAUGCGCUCCCUGUGGCGUGGCAAUGGGAUUAACGUGCUCAAGAUUGCACCUGAGUCGGCUAUCAAGUUCAUGGCCUAUGAGCAGAUCAAACGGGCCAUUCGGGGGCAGCAGGAGACCCUGCACGUGCAGGAGCGCUUUGUGGCUGGCUCCCUAGCUGGUGCCACGGCCCAAACCAUCAUUUACCCCAUGGAGGUGCUGAAGACGCGGCUGACCCUGCGCUGGACCGGCCAGUACAAGGGGCUGCUGGACUGUGCGUGGCAGAUCCUGGAGCGGGAGGGGCCCCGCGCCUUCUACCGAGGCUACCUGCCCAACGUGCUGGGCAUCAUCCCCUACGCGGGCAUCGACCUGGCCGUCUAUGAGACCCUGAAGAACCGGUGGCUCCAGCAGUAUAGCCGCGACUCGGCCGACCCAGGCAUCCUCGUGCUCCUGGCCUGCGGCACCAUCUCCAGCACCUGUGGCCAGAUAGCCAGUUACCCCCUGGCCCUGGUCCGGACCCGCAUGCAGGCCCAAGCCUCCAUCGAGGGCGCCCCCCAGCUCUCCAUGUUGGGUCUGCUCCGUCACAUCCUGUCCCAGGAGGGCGUGUGGGGCCUCUACCGGGGCAUUGCCCCCAACUUCAUGAAAGUUAUCCCGGCUGUGAGCAUCUCCUAUGUGGUCUACGAGAACAUGAAGCAGGCCCUGGGGGUCACGUCCAGGUCCCAGAUCCAGCACUGGGUCCUAGAUCCCCAAAACCACUGGCGGAUCCCAGAUCCUCAUGCUUCCUCCAGCCCUGGAUCUCUAAGCUCGGCCACUGGAUUCUGGAUAUCAAGAAGCCUCAGCCACCGGAUCCUGACAAUGCAAUGCCUAGAUCCCGGGGCCCCAGCCACUGGAUCCCAGCUCCCCUCACCCCAACCACUGGAUUCCUGAAUUCCUUUACCUUGACACUGAGUCCUGGAUCCCUCUGCUUUGACUACUGGAUUCCCUACAUUUCAACCACUACACCCUCAAACCCCAACCACCGGAUCUCGGAUUCCCAAGCCCUGACCAGCCGGACCCUGGCUCCUAAAAUCACAAUAUGAGAGCCCAACAGAGGAGUGAGUGGGUCCUGGCGACUGUGGCUGUUGGACCCCAGAUCCUUCCACCGCAGGCACUGGAUGCUGAAACCUCACCCAUAGGAGGUAGACCCCCACCCUUCCAAGCACUGGAUCCCAGCCCCUUAACCCCUGGAUUCUGAUCGGAAUCCUCCCAGGCACUGGAUCCUGAAUGCCUCAGACUCCAAGUCUAGAUAGAUCCCAAUAGGCCAAUCACAGCAUCCUGGGUCCCCCGUGCCCCUGCCCCAGAUGCACCCUAGAGUCCAGGGCCCAAGGAGCCUGUGGGAAGGAAGCCUAGGUCCUGGCCUCCUGCUUCCAGAAAACCCGUGGGACUUGUCCAAAGUCCUGACGCAGCUAGAAGCCGGCAGCUGGGGAAGGAGAUGCCCCUCCCAUGCCCUAGACAGAGGCUGGACACCCCUUCACCUGCCCAGUGUGGACACGCCUCUGGCCCUAUGGGCAAACUGCCCCUCCCCCCACAAUGCUCUGUGGUAUCUUCCAUUCCCUUCCCACCUUCAGGCUGAUGAUAACCUCCAGUCACGCUUUUUGGGGGGCUGGCAAGGGGGCAGCCUGAAGCCGGGGGCACAUUAAGGGGACUCCCCUAAACACACCCCAGCCAGAAGCAAGUCUACACAGCUCUUCCCUGGAGCCCAGCAUCCAAUUAUGCAAAACAAACAAACCAAAUCCCCCGGACUCACUCCAGGUCUAUUUUUCUACCAGAGAGCAUCAGACAUUCCUCCCCCGCAGAUAACCCAAGCCCCCCAGCCCCCCCGACUCCCCUGUACAUUCUGCACUUUAUAGUUGGAUUCUGAGCUUAGCAUCAUUGGGGGACCCCUCCCUUUACUCCUCCCAAGUCCUUGAGGAACCCCAUUAAAGAACUGCAAAAGAGGAACUGGGUUGUUUGGGGGGGGCUGGAGGACCCCCCCAUGGCUUCCACCUCCCCUCACCGCCCUCCUCCCCCCCCCCCCCCCGCUCC